GUCGAGACGGAGGGUCGCGUCGAGGGGGAGGAGGAGGUCCUGAGCCUGCAACUUAUAUACUAUCCUUCGACAUCGAUCUGGACUGACAAUUACAACAAACGACGUCAUCCAACCACAUCCAAUCAUCCACAGUAAUCCGGGGUCAAGGUUGAAUCAACCUGUAUUCGUGGGGACGAACAAGACAAGAUGACCUCUCCUGUCCCUUCAACUUCAACAGGCUUCAGCAGGAUCCAGACGGACCAGGACUUGGCCGAUUUCAGGAGAUCUCCGGGAUACUUGGACUUCAUCAGUUGGAUACAGAGGCGGUGUGAACGGGUCAGGGGGAAGAGGGUGUAUAAUGGGUCAGAGGGAUGUUCAGAGAAAAUCAAAUCCCUACUAGACCUCCUCUCCACCCUAAAUCGGAUUAUGGCCGAGACGCCCGCCGAGCACGAUCCGAAUCAACGGUUCGGCAACAAGAGCUUUAGGGUCUUCGACAAGAAGGUCGAAGAACAUCUUCUUUCGAAUCCGCCUCAAGACGGAGGUCUGGUGGAUAUCGCCGCCCUGAACAUCGAUACGGCAGCCAAGCCGAAUGCCAAUGCCGACCCAUCAUCGCUCCCGUCAUCGUCAUCACUUUCGUCAUCGUCGCUGCUACCUCAUCCAGAAUCAAGAUCUUCCUUCUUGCCCAACGCUCCUGAACUGCUCAGAUCCACCGUCUUGAGGAUCUGGUUGGAAGGAUCCGCCUUUGGACACUCUUCACGGUUGGAUUAUGGGACUGGACAUGAGCUGGCGUUCGUCCUAGGGUUGUGGGUCUUGGUCAAGGGGGGAUAUAUAGGGAGUGGGAGUGAGGGUGAGGGUGAGGGUGAGGGUGAGCAACGGAAGCAAGGAGAGAAAGGGGAUCUUGAGCUGGAGGAAGACGAUCUGAUCUUAAGGGUCUUCCCUAAGUACCUAACCCUCACCAACGCUCUGCAGACGAAGUACAAGCUAGAACCCGCCGGAUCACAUGGGGUCUGGGGAUUGGACGAUUACGUCUUCUUACCGUAUCUCUUUGGGAGCGGGCAGUUGCUCGGCGUCGAAGGGAUUACUCCGACAAAGACCUUGGAGUUGGCUAAGAGCAAAGAAGCGGUCGACGACAUGUGGACGAUGGCCCUAAGACGGUUGUUCGAAUUCAAACGAGGGCCAUUCUUCGAACAUUCGCCGCUCUUACACAACCUUUCAACCUCGUUCCCGAACUUCAACAAGAUCCACUCGGGCCUGUUCAAGAUGUACCUGGAAGAAGUGUUGAAUAAACGGGUCGUCGUCCAGCACCUACCGAUACCGAAUUGGGUCUGGGAGCGAGAGGCGGGGCGGUGAGGUUCGAGAUUAGGAUGUUUGCAGGGAAGGUAUGGAUACGAUAGAUGAAAGGGGGCAUUGAGGGUUUGUAGAUGACCUAGAGCGGGUUGUACGAUGUGACGAUGACUAUACCCUGAAGGACGCUUCGAAAUGUGGACUCGUCGUAAGGAACCACGUCGGUCAUUAACGCUGCGACGCAUGUCUCGCCGUCACGGAGCACAAGUAGAACGUAAACCC